AUGUUCCCAAAUAUCGACAUAUUCACAUUGAAAACAUCUCUCCUCUUGUUCAAACUAUCCGGCAUCGCUCCGUUCACAUUAAACAUUUCGAAAACCUUCAGAAAUCAGAACAGAGUGCUCUACAUACCCUCCUUCCGAUGCUCGUCAGCGAGUACCAUCUACAACUUAACGUUAAUAAUCACCUGUCUAAUGCUGAAUACCUAUCUCCUCUAUUACAUGAGCGGAUUGGACCGUCUCUUCGAGUCGGAGAUCGUCCACGUCAUUGAGAUCGCUCUGGGACUCAUCGGAAUCUUCGUCAUGCUAUUGAUCUGGUCAUACUUCACAUAUCACAGAAGAGCUAUUGUUGAUGUCGCCAAUCAGCUCGUGGACAUCGACAUGAUACUGGCGAAGCAUGAUCUCCGUUACUACCAGAGACGUCAUAUCCAUUUUGUCCUCAUAAUAAUCCUCAACACAGCCAUGUCUCUAAUCCUCCUGGUCAUCGAACUCAUCUCUCAUGAUUUCGAAAUCGUCAGGAUAUUCGUUCUAGUCCUCCCCAUCUUCGUCGCCAGCUUCACCAUCACUCAAUAUGCAUUAGUCCUGCAUCUCCUCAAGCCGAGGUUUCAACAUCUGAAUAGAGCACUGGGAAAUAUUCUGAAGGAGCCAUCGGAAAUGUCAUUCAUUCCCCGUCAGCCCGUCGCUGGGAAAAUCGUUGACCUCAGGAGGGUUCACGGAGAGCUUUGGGAAUUGUGCCAGAGAGUCGCCGAUUUCUACUCCAUUCCAGUUCUAUUCACGAUGAUUCUCAUGUCUGGGUUCAUUAUUUAUAGUGCAUAUGACAUGAUUAUACCUUUUGUACUGCCAUUGAGGUACAAAAUGUCCAUUUUGACGGUUUCUGCGUUCACAUGGUUCAUGAUGCAAUCCAUACCGAUUGUUGUAAUGACUACUACUAUCAGUGGGACUAUCGGUGAGAUGAAGAAAGUUAGUCAUGUAAUCCACAAAAUUAUUGCUCAGAAUGAAAUACAUCGCGUUGUGAGAAUUCAGCUGAGGGACUUUUCAUUCGAAAUGAUCGAGAAGAAAAUAAACUUCACUGCGUGCCAUCUUUUUCCGCUGGACUGCACUCUCCUUCCAGCAACGUUUAGCAUGACAAUGGCAUACUUGAUAAUUCUUCUGCAGUUGAAAUCGAGGGUUAAUCCAAAACUAGAUCAUGUGCAUCAUCACAAUCAUUAA